AUCAAAACUGCUUUCCUCCUCACAAUCGCCAUACACAGGUACCACCUUACGCAACCCAAACACAAGUCGCGCAGAUUUCAUCCGAAACGUUCGUAAUGAGUGCAGUGCUUUAAGACCCCGUCACGUGCAGUGGUAAACAGUGCCCCCAUGGAGGGAAAAAUAUCACACAGUGGCUUAUUGGCCCGGAGUCCGGAAGGACACGCGGCCCGAGGCAUGCAGAUCAAAGGCAACGAGGAUGUGUGGGUUGAAAUCCAAGCCAACACUUUCAGGAAUUGGGUGAACGAACACCUGCCGCAAAAUUUAAGGGUGGCGGACCUGUCGCAGGACUUGUGCACCGGAGUGAGGCUGUGCGCGCUGGUGGAGGCGCUGAGGGGGCAUCCCCUGAAACCGGCCUGGAACAAACGGCCAGCCAAUCAGCACCACUAUCUCGAAAACGUCACAACGGCCCUAAACGCCAUAGAGCAGGAUGGAGUCAAGCUGGUCAACAUAGGCAAUCUCGACAUCGUCAACGGCAACUUGAAGCUAAUCUUGGGCCUGAUUUGGUCUUUAAUCGUGCGCUACCAAAUCGGCCGCUCCAAAUUCCCUCCUCGAAAACUAAUGCUAGCCUGGCUCCAGGCCGUCCUUCCCGAAUGUCGCGUAAGCAACCUCACCACAGACUGGAAUUCCGGAAUUUUGCUAUCGGCAUUAGUUGACUAUUGCCAGCCCGGUCUGUUCUCACAUUGGAGAAAGUUAGACAAACACAAUAACAUUGAAAAUUGUCGCCGUGCCAUGGAUAUAGCCCAGCGAGAACUGGGUAUCCCUGCCGUUCUUGAACCGGAAUAUCUCGCCUCUCCGUGGUUAGACGAACUAUCCGGCAUGACGUACUUAUCGUACUUCAUGAAGCCUGGUUCUCCAGGGUUUCACGCCACUUUGCGAUGGGUCAACUCGCGACUGGAGAGGCCAGUCAACAACUUCACAAGCGACUGGAACGACGGCAGGGUAAUAAGCGAAGUGAUCCGUUCGCUGGGCGGCUCAGCCCCAGCUCCCGAGAAGCUCCGCGUCGAGUCGCAAUACUGGGAGUCCAACCUGCACCAAGCCAUCGAAGCCGGCAAACGACUAGGUGUGCAACCAAUACUAUCAGCCAAGGACAUGGCAGACGCACACGUCGAGCAUUUGGGAGUGAUGGCAUACGCGGCUCACUUCCAGUGGAUCCCCGAACGGCCCCCGCUGCACGACCUCAUCUCCGUCGCGCUCAACUCGACCUCGGGAAGGGUUGGAGAACCCACGCACUUCCAAGUCAAUUUGCUCGACUCCUCGCUGGCGUACUCGAACGUGACGGUGGAGAUAAGGGGCCCUGAUAACAAAGUGUAUCCGGUGAAGAACCUGAGGCAGGGACGGGGGGUCUUCGUGCCGCAGAAGGUUGGUAUGCAUGAGAUCGUCGUCAAAUACGAAGAACAGGAAGUCGUCGGCGGUCAUUAUUUCCGAGUUUUGCCCCAACUUGUUGAAGUAGCGCCGCCCGGGAUGGCGCCGUGUGCGUUGGGGUCGCUGGUCCAAGUCCUGGUCAAUGCCACAGGGGCGCCGAGGAGGGAGGAUAUUCUAGUGACGGCGUACAGCCCCACAGGGCGGCCGUUGAAUUGUCCAUUGACUACCAUCGAUGGGACCAAUAGUGCUACCUUCAAGCCGGACGAAGCCGGGGAAUGGAGGAUUGAGAUUACGUAUCAAGGAAAGCAAAUACAGGGUGGUCCUUUCACAUGCUCAGUCUUCGACCCGAACGGCGUCCAAGUCUCCGGCCUCGAAGGCGCCCUGCCUCUCGUACCCCACAGCAUCGACCUGGACUGCCGUGCUGUCGGCGUCCCUGGCGAAGUCUUCGCCGACAUCGUCCACGACAAGCGCUCGGUCCACUGUCGCGUCGAGAAAGUCAACUCUUCGAAGCUCCUCUACCGUAUCCACUUCACCCCCAAAGACGUGGGCAAGCACCGAGUCUACGUCUACUUCAACGGCUACGACGUCAAAGGCUCCCCGUUCAUGAUGCGCGUCGGCACCCAAAAGCGCUCCAAGUCCUCCAGCAGUCCGAGCCCCAACUCCACGUACAGACAAAGCCCAACUAGUCGAUAUUCAAGUUCUAGUCCAAUCAACCACGUCAAAAACGCGACUUAUAGCAAUUACCGCCAAAGUGCCAGUCCGGUGUCGAGUGAAACCCACAAAUACGCACAAGAGUAUCACAAAAUGUCGGUGGAUAAGCGAAAUUCGCCGAGUUUCAACGACCGGACGAACAGUCCGAGUUACCUCAACCGGACUAAUAGUCCCAGCUACAUGCAGAGGACCCAGAGUCCGAGCUACAACAGGUCGGAUAGUCCUGACUACAUCACCAGUCGGAGACUCAACGAGAAACGCUACGACACCGCUAGUCCCAGCUUUGCCAAGAAGGCAGAGUACGACUCGAGUUACACGUCGAAGAUGUCUUCCAUGCGUAUUUCCGAGUCCAGGAGUCCGAAUUUUUUAGAACGUUCUAGUCCAGAUGUUGGUUAUAACUCACGGUACGAGAAACGGGUCACUGAAAGUCGGUCUUUUAACAAUUCGUAUGAUCACAACGACGGAAUUGACACUAGUCCCAUAGUCAAAGUGUCGGCAAUCGCAGACCAAUCAUCCGCCAGAAGAGACUCCUGGGAUGCUAUUGCAAAAACACGAAAUAUUCUAUCAGAGCGAAGUCUUGAAUCAGUGGCCAAUUUAACCGACUCCCAACUAGACGCCGACCUGCGACGGAGAAAAGUGGAGGAACACAACCGAAUGUUCACCCAAGAGCACAACUACACGUCCUCACAGAAAUACUCGAACAACAUUGAUAUUUAUGGGAGGAAUUCACCGUCCACAGGACACAGGAUCGGGGUUAGAAACGGCGGAGCGUCCGCUGUUAAAGUUCAGCCGGUCCCUGACGGCGUCCUGGGACAACCCGUUGAGUUUGAAAUUGAUGGGAGCGGUGCCGGCUCCGGUGAUUUGGAAAUUCUGGUGGAAGGUGGUCGGGUCACGUCCAGUGUUAGGAGUCUGGGUGGACAACGGUUUAAGGCCGCUUUUACCCCACACCAAGCGCUGCCGCAUCGGGUCGAUAUCAAGUUUAACGGCGAAACGGUGCCAGGGAGUCCAUGGCAUGUUAACAUCAUGUCGAACUCAAAUCUGUCAGUUUUGGGCGAAACCACCAGAUUGGUGCCGGCCAACACUUCGGCCGUUUUCGAAAUCAUAACAAGUACCAAUGUGGCGCCCGACGAUUUGAUGGUGCAUGUGAUUGCGCCCAGCAAAAGGUCGGUGCCGGCGAGAGUGCUCCCCGGAAAUCGCACCGGAGUUCAAAGUGUGGAGUUUGUGCCGACGGAGGUCGGGACUCACAUCAUUGAAGUCACCGUUAACGGGGAAAAGUUGCCCUCGGGGCCCUUGAUCGCCAAAGUGUACGAUGCUGGGCUUAUUCAAGUGGCCGAUGUCAGUGGAGGGGUUGUGGGACAGCCCGUGCAAUUUCGAGUUGACGCCAGCCAAGCCGGCGAAGGCCAGUUGGAAAUCUCAAUAAAUGAGGGCGAAGUCCCAAACCACGUCCAAGUGGUGGGUGGGGGCCGUUGCCUCGUCUCCUUCACCCCCGAGCAAGCCAAACCCCACUUAAUCGACAUCAAAUUCAACGGAGAGACGGUGCGAGGAUGCCCCUUCGUGUGCUCAGUCGCUGACACAAGCCGAGUGACUUUGAGUUUGAGUCACUUGGAGUUAAUCCCCGUCAACCAACCCAGCUCGUUCCACAUGGGGGUGGCCGGGGGCGGCGCCGCCGAGCUGGCGGUGGCGGUCCGGGGCCCCGUCGGCGAGCUCCCCGUCAAAGUCACAGGGGACAUCCAUUCGGGCUUCACCGCCGAGUUCACCCCAACGCAAGUGGGGGCGCACCAGAUCAGCGUCGAUUACAAUGGACGGCCGGUCCAAGGGACCCCUUUCAUAGCGAAGGCUUUUGACUCGAAUAAAGUCACUGUGGGGACGGUGGCCAGGGGGACAGUGGGCCGGCCGGUGACUUUCUCCGUUGACGCCAGUGAGGCUGGAGAAGGGAAUUUGGAGAUUACGAUAAGUGCGAGAGGGUUGAAUAUUCCCACGCAAGUGCACCCCCAAGGCAAUGCCCGGUUUGCAGUGAGUUUCGUGCCAGCAGAGGCUUGUGAUCACGUGGUGAACGUUGCGUUUAAUAAGAAACCUGUUGUGGGAUGCCCUUUAAUUGUUAGUGUUGGAGGGGGAGGAAAUGGGCCAAGUGUCACUUUGCCCGGACCUGGACCGGUUCAUAGACCGAGCACUUUGCUCAUUAACCAUCCUGGAAGACUUGAGGAUAUUGAGGUUAAUGUUGAGGGCCCCGGCGGCCAGGCAGUCCCAACUCAAGUUCAAUCCCUUGGAAAUUCCCAAUUCCGAGCCGAGUUUGUCCCGCGAGUUGUCGGCGAACACCGGAUCAACGUCACCGUCAGCGGGAUUCCCACAGCUGGGAGUCCCUACGCUGCCAAAGUCUACGACGUGCAAGCCAUCAAAGUCAAAGAGACCUCCAAUGGAGUGGUGGGCAAGCCGGUCACUUUUUUGGUGGAAACGAGCCAAGCCGGCCCUGGCAACCUCGAAGUAACGGUGAACGGGGGCAGGGUGCCCACCUCGGCCCAGGCCCAGGGGCCCCACACCUACGCCAUCUCGUUCACGCCACGUGAGGCCACUGUGCAUUCGGUGGACUUGCGGUUCAACGGACAGGACGUCCCUGGAAGCCCCUUUAAGUGCAAUGUGGCGCCUGCGGCUAAAAUCAUCGGGCCAGAGGCCCUUGAUAAGGUUUCAGUGGGGCGGCCUUGCACUCUGGUGGUGGAAAGUCCAACGCCGCCCAUUGUGGAGAUUUUGGGGCCGGCUCGAAGGUCUCUACCGACUCAGAUUACACCGCAAGCUGGUUCUCCGGGUAAAUUCGAUAUUUCUUUCACUCCGAUCGAUGUGGGUGACCACAGUGUGGAAGUAAGGCUUCCCACCGGCCACAUUGAGGGGAGCCCCUUUUUAAUUAAGGCCUAUGACGCUAAUAGAGUCACUGUAACGGAUAUCACAGACGGUGUUGUGGGAAAACCUGUCUCUUUUAGUAUUAAUGCAUCACAAGCCGGUGCUGGCAAUUUGGAAAUUAUCGUUGCUGUGGGUGGUAGAAACGUCCCGAAUUUUGUGCAGAGUGAAGGAAAUGCCAGGUUUAAAGUUAAUUUUAAACCGACUGAGGCCGCAACACACACACUAAGCGUUAGAUUUAACGGACAGCCCGUUCCGGGAUCCCCCUUCAGCUGCAAAGUGAGUCCUGGCAACACCCAACCUCGCGUCCCCGUUUCCGGUUCAGGUAUCGAACUGGCCGCAGUUGGCCACACCGCUGAAAUAAAAAUCGAAGGGGUACCAACCGGCGAACCCCAAAUUGUUACAACCGCACCCAGUGGCAAAAUAAUCCCAACGAAAGUAAGCCACAGCGGUGAUACUUACAUUGCCCGUUUCACACCGGAAGUAGUCGGCCGCCAUUCGGUAGCCAUUUUGAUCAACGACCAACACGUGAUUGGCUCACCCUUCAGCUGCAACGUCUAUGAUGUCAAUAAAGUCAUAGUUUCGGGAUUACCCGGACGCAAAAAUGACAAUCUCAACAGAAUUUUAAACGAUUUGAGUUUGAACAACGAUUUAGCUACGGCUGAGGUCGGAAAGCCUGUAACGUUCAGUGUGGACGCUGCCCAAGCUGGGGAGGGUACUCUGGAGCUGGUGGUGUCCACCCAGCACACCACCAUCAAAGCGGAGGUGGUGGCAUGCGCUCGGGGGUUGUACGAUGUUACUUUCGUACCCCAAACUGCUGAAGAUCACUAUGUUAAUAUAACUUUCAACGACAUGUCUGUUGUUGGAAGUCCGUUCCAUUGUUCAGUUAUUGAAGCAACUCAGUACGUCCAAAUCGGUACCAUUUCCUACAUUGACCUACCAAGCGACCAACACAAGCUCGAAAUCACCGAUAAUAACAACCACCACGUCAAAUAUUUGGUCAACAACUCCAAAGCUGAGUUUAGCUUGACUCAGACAGGGACCUAUCGAGUACAAAUUUACCGCGGCCAUGAAAUCAUCGCAACACGAACCCUCCACGUGUUCGACACUUCCAAAAUUGAUAUUAUUAACGCACCUGAAGCCCUAUGCCACCGCCCGGCCGUCGUUGGCAUCAAUAUGAACAAAGGUGGGCCGGGAAAACUGACCGCAUCUGUGAAAAUUGCCAACAAAGACGUUGCCCACAGUGUGCGCCAAAGCCCCACCAACCCCAACAUGUGGGAAAUCGUUUUUCACCCCAUUCAUGCGGCCCCACACCGCGUUACUCUCUUUUACAACAAUGUGCCCAAAUUUGGGGUCUUGGAGGUGCUCGUGAAAGGGCCGGGGAAUGAGCCUUGGGCGGGAGGACUGGGCUUGUAUCAAGCCAGGGUCGGGAAGGUCACUUCGUUUCAUAUUGAUACUCUUGGCAGGAGUGCAAGGGAGUUUGAUGUGGUUAUUAGCGGGCCGGGAGGGUCGGCUGUGCCUGUCAGGUGUUACCAAACAAAGACUGGGAAGUUGCAAGCUGAGUAUACGGCCAGAGAUAUUGGGGGACACAAAAUUGAAGUGUUGCAUCAGUCGAAGCCGGUCAGUGGAAGUCCGUUUCAUUGCCAGGCGUUUGAUCCGGAUAAUGUUAGGGUUGUGGAUAUUCCGCACAUUCAAGGGAAUGUUGGGGAACGAGUGUCUUUUAAUGUUACAACUAAGAAUUCUGGCGAUGCCGACUUGGAAGUCCAAGUAACGAACCCGAUUGGCCAAACAAUGGCAACGCAAGAGCACCUCCUUGAAGACAAUUUAAAACAAAUUUCAUUUUUACCGACCAUGGCUGGACUUUACCAAGUCAGUAUUACAUACGGAGGAGUGUCUGUGAAAGGCUCACCUUUGGCCCUUGGUGUGGGUCCUAUUGGCCCUACACCACCUCCUAGAGCUGUCGGGAGAGGUCUAGAAAGUGGGCAAGUGGGCGAAAGGACUUCAUUCACAGUCAGUAGUGUCAUACAACCAAGAGUACAAAUCGAAGCUGUUGAAGGGACCAUUGAAGCACACAUACAAAGCCCCAAACCUGGGGAAUAUCUCGUGUCAUACACACCCAAGUGGGUUGGGACUUACGACAUCAUUAUCAGUAUUGGUCCCAAUGAUCUACCGGGGUCACCAUUCCGACCUGUAAUUGUUGACCCGAAUGCAGUUCGGUUGAUUGGUGGUUGGAACCAGUUUUUGGACGAUAAUGGAAGACUGAAAUUACCAACGAAACUAGCGUUUGAUUUGUCAAAUGCUGGACCUGGGAACCUAGAAUGCAAAGUUGCUGGUCGGAAGGUUAAUACAGAAAAGUCUGGAAGUCGAGUCAGAUUUGAAAUAUCCGGGGAAGGUUUCAAUUCCGGCGAACACGAUUUUGAUAUUAGACUAGCCAACAUUCCCUUGCCACAUGCCCCCAAAACUGCGAUCUCUUCAGGGGAUCAAGUGGUGUUGACAGGCCGGGGGCUUGCCAAUGCUCAGUGUGGAGAGCCGGCUGUUUUUACAAUCGAUGGCUCAAAAGCCGGCGCAGGCAACCCUGAGGUGACCCUCCACGCCGCUGACAGCAACCUCCCUAUCCCUGUCAUGAUCAGCCUCGCUGGGGAAAAAAUCUGGCGGGCCACCUACACCAUCCCCACCCCCGGCAACUACCUCCUCUCCGUGUUAUGGGCGGGGCGGCCCGUCAAAGGCUGCCCCCUCAUAGUGGAGGCCAAAGGGGGCGCCGACGCCUCCAAAGUGCUCUGUUCGGGAGAAGGCCUUCGCCAAGGUGUGGUGGGCCGUGAAAUUCGCUCCUGGAUCGACACCAGGCGAGCCGGUCCUGGAGAGUUAACAGCUCAUUGCACCGGGCCGAGAAAAGUGGCUUACUGCGAACUCUACGACCACGGCGAUGCCACUUUCACCCUAAAUGUCAAACCUCAAGAACCCGGAAAGCACGCGCUGACUAUUAAAUAUGCGGGUCAGCAUGUUCCGGGCUCGCCGUUCACUCUGAGGGUGGCCGGGGCGCCCGAUGCCAGCAAAGUGCGAGUGUACGGUCCUGGAAUUGAGCAUGGGGUUUUGGCCACUUUCCAGUCACGGUUUAUUUGCGAUACGAGAGGGGCUGGGGCUGGACAGCUCACCGUGAGGGUGAGGGGGCCCAAGGGGGCGUUCAGGGUUGAGAUGCAGAGGGAGAGUCAGAAGGAUAGGACUAUUUUGUGCAAGUAUGACCCAACUGAACCUGGAGACUACCGUGUGGAGGUUAAAUGGGCAGGAGAGUUGGUGCCAGGCUCUCCGUUCCCUGUUAUGAUUUUUGAUACGCAAGAAGAACUGAGACGGUAUAUAAGUUCGUUGUGAAACUGUUUUGUUGUAAAAUGUUUUGUUUAGUCUUUUAAGUAAUUUAUGCUGCAGAGGUACUAGGGGACUGGUUAUUAAUGUUAUUUUAGAACUAAAUGUUUUAAUAUACUUACUGACAAAAGUUUAUUUUUGUUUUUUACUAUACAAAAUAUGUAUAAGCGAUUCUAAUAAAUUAUUACAACUUA